CUUGAGAAACUGCGGGGGAGAGAAGGUCAGGCAAGGAUGGUUGAUGUUUAAGCGCAAAAAAACUGUUCCUCUGAUGAGGUAAAAUGGUUCUUCCAUUCGAGCGACAGCCUCUCUUGCACAAGAGAUACGCCACACUAUCUUCUCCCGACCUUUCGAGGUCGUUUUCGGAGGAAAAUGAGGACUCGGCGCGUGGAGAUGAGUAUGCGGCUUUUCUCAAGUGAGCGACCUUCUUUUGUUUACGAGUCUAAUUUUGCAAAGUUGAUUUAUAAUUUAAAACUAAUACUUGCUGCGUGAUCUUACGUUGCCAUUUUCCAUGUCUUAUGUAGGUUACAUUGUAAAAUAGCAGAUUAGUUUAAUUGAGAUUUAGCGCCCGUAAUGUUCGCACUUAAGAAUGAAAUGUCGGAGUAGUUUCACCUUUCAUAAUUCGACGUUAGAAUGGAUAUUGAGCCCACUUUACGAUAAAAUACAAACAAUGUGUUAUUCUAAAAAUACAAACAAUGAUGUUAUCGCGAUAAUAUAGUUUUCUGGUCAUUAAAUUAAUGAAGAGUCUUAAAUUGUGCGGGUUCCCAAGAAACAUUUAAUUUAGGGAAACUCAGAACAAAGCUGACAGCAUAUAAAAUUUAUAGAUUGAAUAUCCUGUGGUUUACUAAUGAUACAGAAAACAUGAAAAAUUCAUAUUUAAAAUACUAUAAAUUUUAUUGGCAAGAAAUUUGUGAAAGAGCGUGAAAAGAAAAUAUUUAAUACAUUUUAGUUAUAAGAUUUUGUAAAUUUAAAGCAGCUAUGAUUUUCAAAGCCACAUGCAAACAGUCCAAAUGGGAUGAGAUAUUUUUUGGAGAAAAAGAAAGAAAGAAGCACACAUAAGAAAAUUGUUGGAAUGAAAUAAGUUUUUCAUGAAGUCAACCCACUUUGUGGGGAACUUUGUUUCGGUCUUAUGAGGGGAAUGAGAAACUGCUGCUCACAGGUUAUAGUGAUCAACCUCAAUAAAGGGACACCUUUAUAAUAAUAAAGUGCAUGGAGUCAAGAAAGGUUCAUGGGUGUCCCAUUGAAUACAGGUUAAAUGAAAAGAAAAAAAGAAAAGUUUUUUUUUCUUUAAUUUUGUGUUUAUAUUUGGAACCUAUUUCCUGUCAACAGAUCCUCCUUUUGUCUAUAUACUUGUGUCCCAGGGUGGGUACUCCGGAUUUCAAGUGACAGGGAUGAUCAAAUGGGGGCAAAAAUCAAAAUCCAAAAAAAUUCCUAGGGUCUCAAACAAAACCCCAAAAAAUCCCUGGACCAAAAUUUAACCCCCCAAAAAUCCCAUGCCGGAUUUCCGAGCCAUAAAAAUUUUCAGAGAAACUUUGCCGCUGGGAUAUGCAGGAACUAUCAACUUUCAGGAAUCUUCACAUUGUUUUGAAUACCCAUAAAAAUCCCUACUUAAAUCAAGCUUCCCAAAAAAAUACUUGCCAAAAGUUUCCUACCUAAAAAAAUCCCAUCGAAAAUUUAAAACCCAAAAAAAUCAUUAUCAUCCCUGUCACUUGAAAUCUGGAGUACCCACCCCUGGGAAUUGAGUGAGGAGGAGAAAAAGAGGGGCUGCCUAAAUCACGUUAGGCCUUAGGAGUCACGGAAGCCAUAACUUCUGGACUGGUUAAUCUUGUUCUCUAUCUCCAAACUGGUUCUCGAAGAGUGAGCAUCUGUUUGUUUAUAAAUCGAUGGGCAUAACUGAACUCCCUGAACCAAAUGAACAGCUAUUAGGCCUGGGUUAAAUUGCAUCCCAGCAACAAGCAGCACAUGCUCGGAGUGACUAAAAUCCUAUACAGUGACACACACAAUAUUAUUAUUUAGGGUUUGGUGAGCACAAAGUAAGUAAUCUAUUGUGAGUUUUAUUUUUAUUAAAUUUAUUAUUAGGUCAUUGGCAAGUGGAGAAAGACAAGAUUUGGGAGUAACAAGGUGAGGGUAAAACUUAAUGUUAUUAAUUUUUACAUAGCUGGAAAUUUUUCCCAACAGUGUACACUCUCAUUGGUUACAUUGAGGUCACAUGACAUGUAACAAUGAAACUAUUUCCCGCCAAAAUCCCUGAGUGGCCAACAUUGCAAAAUCUAUGACGUCAGAGGGUAACACUUGCACUCUUACCUGCAAAUAUUGGCUAACGAGCGCCACUACCACAAAGUUUAAUGAAUUUCCAGCUUCAAAAUUUCCAGUUAUGUAACAAAUCACUUAAAGGCUGGUCCCUCGGGAAAUAAUUAUCAAUUGAGACUCUCUGGAAACAAAAUUAACUAUUUCCCUCAGGACCAGCCAUUAAGUGUUGUAAUAUUACAUUGUUAUGAUUGUUUUGCAGUAUUUACAUGUUACGGUAAUUCAAGGCCCUAGGAAGGCAGAUAAAUUCUUUUGUAUAUAACUGUGGGAUCUAUGCUAGAGACUGAUCGAUCAUCAUUAUCACAGGGCUUCUGAUAUUUCGCGGAAAAAAUGCAAAACUUCGCAGAAUUUUCAGGGGCAAAUUCAAGGAAAAAUCGGCCAAUAUUUUCACGGGAAGAAAGUCAAAAUUCGCGGAAAAAUCGGCCGAUUUGUGGUAUUUUUCCAGGAAAAAAGUCAAAAAUUAUUCGUAGAAAAAUCGGCCAAUAAUUGGCAGUAAUUAUUAAUAAUUAUUUCGUGGGAUUGUUGCGGAAAAAUGUCAAAUUUCGAAGGAUUUUCAGAGGCAAAUUCUUAGAAAAAUCGGCCGAUUUCACGGGAAAUUUCGGGGGAAAACAAAAACAAGAACAGCCGAUUGCGCUGGAUUUUUUUGGGGAAAUUUCACUAAAAUCGAUCAAUUUUGUGUCGAUAUGACCAGCGUUGGUUAACGUUUUUUUUAACCGGGAUAAUCAUUUGCUCUUUCAACAACAGUUCGCUUGAGAAAUGAGCGAAUGCUAAAGCUAUUAACAGUAUGGUUAGUGCCCAGUUUUUUGCAACGUUCAUCUAAAAACGCCUGGUAGUUUUGGGAUGUUGUUUACUCGUUGCAGUGAUGAAGUUUCAAGAUAAAUUUGGACGUUUGGGGUGAAUAAAACAGGUCUAAUAGCCAAGAUAAGUAUUGAAUAUGUUUUGCCGACAUGUAUUUGGAAAUAUUUCCUACAGAGAUAAAAGCGUACAACUGGAUUUCAUAGAAAAAUACCUGAAAAUUACACCUGCAAAGUACAAAAAUAUCAUGGAGAUUAGCAUCGAAGUUUUCGUGUUUAAAGUAAUUCGGGUCCGCAAACUUCGACUGCAUAGAUAUCAGAAGCCCUGUUAUGACUCUGGAUCCCCAGAGUUUACAAAUAUGCCAAAAAGAAUUCCCCAGUACAGUAUACAAUAUAAUGUAAUAAAAUUAUUCAUAUAAUAAUCCAAAGGCACACUAGCUGCACCUCAGUCUGAAAUUUGGGCACAAUUGGCUCUGUCAAUUUUGUGCUCAUUAACAUUGCAUACUGGGUAAUUGAUCAUACAUGUACAUCUUAUUUGAUGAUUUGCCAGGUGACACAGUCAUGCGUGCAUUAUUAAAGGACGUGGUAGUUUACAACUCAGUAGACCCAAUGCAAAAAUGGCUCAGCCUGACUAGCCUUGUUCUUCCAAAAAAAAUAUAUUAAAAAAAAAAUUAUCUCAAUUGAGGCUACAAUGUAGUCAGGCUAAUUUUAAGGUAAAUAAAAGUACAUUAGUCCAGCAGCUAUUUUUGCAUUGGGUCCAAUCUCCAUGCACAUUUUUUCUGAUCUCCAAUCUUUCUAAACUUUUACUUGCUAAAUAUUAAAUAUUUAAUAUUAUGUAUUUGAAGACCAAAGCCAGUUGCAAAGGUGCAUCCACAAAGCCACACAUCUCCAGCGACUAGAGAUCCUAAACAAGCUAAGCUGAAGUUAACUGGACCAGUGUUAUCACCAGGAAGAAGUAAUAAUGGUGUUCUACAGGUUACAUUAACAGCAAAACGUAGCAUGCAGAAGCACAAGGAAAUGAUGAGGGUGAUAGAGGUGAGUACACCCAAAGAAAAUGGGAGGGAGGUGGAGGGUGGGGGAAGUGGUGUAUUACAGGUUACACUAACAGCAUAACACAGCUUGCAGAAGCACAAGGAAAUGAUGAGGGUGAUAGAGGUGAGCAAAGCCCAGGGAAAUGGGAGGGAGGUGGAGGGAGAGGGAAGUAGUGUACUAUUACAGGUUACACUAACAGCAUAACACAGCUUCCACUGAAGCACAAGGAAAUCAGAUAAGAGGGUAAUAGAGGUGAGCAUACCACAGGGAAUGGGAGGGAGGGGAAGUGGUGCAUUUACAGCUUACAUUAACAGCAUAACAUGGCUUGCAGAAGCACAAGGAAAUGAUGAGGGUGAUAGAGGUGAGCAAAGCCCAGGAAAAUGGGACGGAGGUGGAGGGAGGGGGGGAAUUGUCAUAUUUCAGGUUACACUAACAGCAUAAGAAAGUGAUAGAAGUGAGCACACCCUAGGGAAUUUGGGGUGGGGUGGGGAGGGAGGGGGAAGUGUCAUAUUACAGGUUUCACUAACAGCAUAACACAGCUUGCAGAAGUACAAGGAAGGAAAUGAUGGGAGUGAUAGAAGUAAGCACACCUCAGGGAAAUGGGAGGGUGGUGGAGGGAGGGGAAGUGUCAUAUUACAGGUUACAUUAACAGCAUAACACAGCUUGCAGAAGCACAAGGAAAUGAUGAGAGUGAUAGAGGUGAAUGCACCCCAGGGAAUGGGGGUGGGGGAGGGAUUAGUGGUGUUUUGCAGGUUAUAAUAUGCUAAAACAGCAAAACGUAGCAUGCAGAAGCUGAGGAAAUGAUGAGAAUGAUAGAGGCUAGCACACCCCAGAGAAAGGGGAGAGGGGAGGAAGUGGGAGGAAGGAGGGAAGGGGUGUACCACAGGUUACAUGACCAAUGUAUGUUAGUAGCAAAACAUAGCAUGCAGAAACACAAGGGAAUGAUGAGAGUGAUACACUACAUAGAGUUGGGCUUUGCACACCCCAGGGAACUUGGGGGCGGGGGGUGGGGGGGGGCUGGUUGAGAGAAACUGGUGUACCAUACAGCAGAAGCAAAUAAAUUCUAACUACACUGUACAUGUAUUUUAAAUAAAACACCUAAACUGUGUUUGAAAUCUUAUUUUACGUAGGACCACAUGCUCCAGCACAAGCAGGAAGAAAGAGAAUUGAAGAGAUAUGAAGGUGACAUCAUCAAAAAACAACAUCAACUAAGAAGAACCAUGGAUGGUUUACAAAAUAGUAAGUUCUGAAAGUUGACAGUUACACAUCAUUGCAGUUCUCAAACAGUAAAGGCCGGUCAAGUAUGUUAUGCUUGACCUGGCUUGACUGCUAUUUUUGGUCUUGUACACUGUUGAACAGCUGAUUUCUAGCAAGUUUCUGAUACAAUCCUCUAUUACUGGUGUUCUUAUAAUUAAAUUUUGCCCCUGCUCAUCAUGCAUAGAGCCUAGUUCUGGCAGCUUUAUAGUGGUUAGAGCACCCAAACUAGAACUCAGAAGGUCAUGUGUUCGAUUCUUAAAUUGAUUCUUUCAAAUUAUUUUUUAAUAGUGUUCUUACAGUAUGUAGCAACAUUACAUUUCAUUGAUGAUGAAGAAUUUAGACAGUAAAAUAUGAUAAAAAUUGUGAAGGUUAACAAGAUGUUGUUUUUCUUUCAUCAGGUGUAUAUAAGAAAAUGAGAGGCGAAGAAGCUCGGCUCAGCGAGAACGGCCAGGAUAUGGAAAAAGUCAAGCAACAACAUUAUAUCCAAGAGGACAAGGUUUGAUUUUACAUUUUUUUCUUUUAGAAACAAAAUUUUUAAUUUGUUAGAUUGAUUUAUCAGGAUCGAAUUCUCUUAAUGCAGUUUUCAGGGGCACCCAACGAGGAUAUAGUUCCAAACCACUUAACAUAGCAUUGUUGAACGUAGUUUACUAUUCAAACGGUAGAUAUAGGCAUAUUUUUAUCCCCUAAAAACUUUUCAUCUGUUCGGAUUUCCUAGCUGAAAGUCUAGUGAUCCGAAAAUUAUAGGAAUAAAAACUUACCUUCUCGAAAACUUCAGCCAGGAAUAGGCUCCCGAAAAUUCUAGGUGGCCUUUUUUCAGGGUCAAAAUCCGUUAAAAAUGGGUAAUUAUACCAUUUUGUCGAUGUUCGAAAAUCCGAGGUCAGGCAGGCAAGCAAGAAAUUUUACAACAAAUACUCCGAAAAUCCUAGAUCUCAAAUCGUCGCCCGAACAGAUAUUUUCCCGAAAAUUGCCGUUGGGUGCCCCUGAGUUUUGAACAUUUUAAGAGCAUCUCCCUCAAAGCCUAAAGAGAGCGAGAGCAAAAAGAGGAAUAUUAAGAUGCAUGUCUGGCAAUACAUGUGGAGCGUUCCAUGUUUUUUUUUUCUACUUUUAGAAAAUGCGGUAAGCAAACACUGUUGAAAAGGGCACCUUAAAAUAAGAAACUAACCCAGCAGGCAAUAUUAGUUUGAAGGUGAUUCAUCCAAAGUGAGCGAAGUUUAUAGCUUUGCAAAGUCACAAAAUUUUACAGAUUUUUGUAUGGUGGGGGGCGGGAACUUCCCCCCCGCCAUCCCCCACAAUACAAAGUCUGUAAAAUUUCGUGACUCUUCGGAGCUAUACCCUCUUUAGUUUUCGAGAAAUCACUUUCAAACUUGGCAAAUACUUUACUGAUUCAACUUAAGGCAUUCUUUCCAGCUGUUCUUUCUAGCUGCAGAUUUUUGCUAACUGGUCCCUGAAAAAAAGUCAAGAGUUGAAAAAACAACAAACAAACAAUCAAACGCGGAAGGCUCUAUUCUAUUCCAACAUACCCUGUAUGUGUUAUUGAACAGUUUCUUGCGGCCUCCGAAAUUUCAUCCAUUUUAUGCACUUUUCCUUCUGAUCCAAAAUAUUUUAUUUAUCAUCUCGCCCAGCUCUAAUUUCAUUGUAUAUUGGUUGAUUUUUUUUACAGAUGUGUGAUUUUUGGUAUUUAUUAUUCCUUGGUGGUGACUGAAUUUUAAAUACUUAUAAAUACUUACUUUAAAUGUUUAUCAGGUAAACAAGUCUAGGAUUGAAAGAAAUAUGUCUGCUCGCUUGAAGUUCAGGGACAAAGACCGAAAAGUUGCUUCUGAAAUGUAAGUGUCAGGUCCUGCCGAGAGCUUUGGGUUCUUGAUUUUAUGCUGUGAGAAAGCUGAUAUCUCAAGCAUAGUCCCCUUUUUACAGGUUACGUUUUUCAUGUUGAAUUGAAAAUUGCGGGGUCUCCCUGUAAGGGUCAUUAUCAUGUAGUUUCGAAUACUCUAUAUUGUCAUCUCUUCCAUGCAACAUGAAGUGAGAUAUGUCCCAAACUUUCCGACGCUGAAGGGUGAUGUCACUCAAUCCUUUCCCUGCCCACUUUCCGCGCUUUACUCGCUGUUUCCGUGUGAACCUUUGUCACUAUAUCUCGCAGGUGCGGGUUACAUAUGUGCGUUUUUACUAACCCUCACUGAGUACAGGCUCCACUCCCCUCUAAAUCACCAGUCCGACUGUCCCCCUCCCCAAUGGACACAAUUAACAGUCGGCUUUGGACAACGUUGACUGGAACUUGCCGAUGUCCAACGAAAUCCUUCCUGGGGUCGGACAUGAUAACCGGACAGGUCAAAUACCAAUAACUGUCAUUUGAAGUAAUCCUUUAAAAAAAUUAAAAUGUUUGGCCAGCCACUUAUCUGGUUUGUCUGAAAGUCCCAGUGACAUGAUCCGACCCCGGAAAGCCGUUUUACUUUUGUUGUGCUUAUACAUUGUCUAGCCGUUCAAAGUUCGUAUUAACAGAGCGGAAACUUAUUGAACGGUUCCAUGUGAACGAAGUGGCCGGUCAAAUUUGCCGUCUGAACGAAGCUUUUGAUUCUAAUAAAGCGAUUUUCGUACGACCUUGAAAUGAAAACGCGCGAACAAAACAGAAACAACAAACGAACGGAAAUAGAGUGAUUUGAUUGGUUUAUCGAACGGAUACAAACGCGCGUGGCUUUUGGUUGGUUAGGCGAACGCUCGGCUGAAAAACUUCAUGCCCGAAGAGCCUUCUCGAAAUCAAUCGAUACUUCGCUUUGACAUACUGCAACACACUACUGGCCAAUCGAACAAUGCCUUCUCCAUAUUAGGGUUGUCUGUGGCGGGAACACGAAAAGUCCAUGUUUUGAUCUUUUCAUCCAUUGGCUUAUGAAACAAAUAACGAACACUUACCGAAACCAUUUCUCAAGGUCAUACGAAAAUCGCUCUAUUUGGCUUUUGGAUCGAAAAGUUAUCUGUACUUUCGAGAAACGGUCCCCGGACUGGACGUAUGUGAUGUCCUUUCCUAAAAUAACGAUAAUAUUUGUAGCCCAGCCCUUCAUAAGGAUAUUCUUUCUUAUUUCAGGACUGAGGCCGAGUUUCAGUAUUGUAAAGCGGCCAAGCAAAUAGAGCUGACAAGAACAGAGGUCUUUGCACUGACGCAGCAGUUUGAGGCUAACUUGAAGCGGAUUGAGGUCAGAUUGGCACCCCUUUAAUUCAAAAGAUGCUUAGAAUUAAAAUAUAUUUUUUUUAUUUUUGAAAAUUGUUCUCAAUGUGCGUACGAGCAUCCCGGCAGGGAGGAGGGGGUGUAUUGCCACGUACAUAUUCAUAUAUGGGUUGCCCGCUCCACUUAUAAGCUUCCCCCGGUUAUAGGCUCAUAUACCUGUAAACAAUAUAUACACCCGUUUAUAACCCUCCGGAUAUAAGCCCCCCCACCUCUAGCUUGUAUUGAAAUUAAUUCAAUAUUUUACGACGUUUUGAACCUUCAAAAAGCGAGUAAAUUGAAAAAGUAUUUUGAUCAGCAUCGUUGUCGCUUGUUUUGAAACUCUGUUUUUAGUCUGGUUAUAAGCUCCUCACGGAUGUAAGCCCUUCCUAAAACCUGUUUCGAAGGUGUUUAAGCCCAGGGCUUUUAAGCGAAAGUUUUACGGUAUGUAGGUACGCGAUAGGCUGUAUAAGCGGGUUAGUCUGGUGUAGUGUUUAGAAAUCAGGGUCCGUUUCUCGAAAGUCCCGAUAUUUAACGGGCCCGCAAAGCCGUUGUUGUUUACAUGCAAGAUAGAGAUUUCAAUAGCUUGGCAUCUAACAUGAUAAAACUGUCAGUUAAUGAAGCAAAAUGCAGUAGCUAGCCAGGACCUCGCGCUUUUAUUCUUUAUAUUUCGAUUUGAAUAUGUGAUUUCGUCCUGAAAAGUUACCGGGACUUUCGAGAAACCGGCCCUCAACAUUUGGUUUAGAUAGGGGAUCAUUUAUUGGAAACUGACGAGUAGUGUGAAGAAUUCAUAGUUAGUUCGGCAUAUUUAGAAAUUUUUAAUUGUUAGCCCUUCAUAGGGUUGUAAAAGAGCAUGGCUUUAAAAUCAGGGUCCCAGCCGCAUAACCUACGCCCUAUAUUCCAAGGAGACCCCUCGGCAGACGGGGUGAACGUUUUGCGCUUGAAUAGAAAACGUAAUUGGUUUUUAACAAUCGUGUACUGAACAAAAGUACCUGGGGCGGUGACGCGUUUUGUUUGUAAGUUAAGCCUAUAUCUUUGGAAAGAUGAGGUUAUGUGUGCCGUUCCCCCACUCCGCGCCCCAAAGUAGAGUGUUGAAGCCCACGUUGUAAUUGUGGGUUCACACGUUUCACAUUGUAGAUGGAGUAGAGGAAGUGGACUGACCAUAUGUAGUUUCAGCUGCGUGCGGUUGUUAUUUUGCGUCUGUAUGAGAGAGCGACAAAUACAAAUUUAUCCAUUUUAGAUGUGGCUAAAUUUAUUGUAGGCAAGGUUAAACUUCAGCCAAUGUGACCAGCGUCUUUGCUAUCUCAAGCAUGUGUUCUGCGUUGGCGCGCCUUUGGAUUGCAGGGCUUAAUUCAUGCAUUGUUGUUUUAUAGGAGAAAGGACAUGCGUUGAAGAAAAGUCUCGCGGAAUUGGCUAUUGCUGCUAAUCAGCUUUCGCUAAAGAAGAGAACACAAGAAGUGGACGAUGGGCGGUAAGUAUAAUUCAACAGCCUCACUUGAAAUUAAAAAAAUGAUUUUUAUGCGAAUAAAUACAGUUGAACCUGUCUGCAACGGCCACCUUGGGGACAGAAGAAGGUGGCGGUUGUAGAGAGGUUUAAAGCAAGAGUCAAUGUAUGGAUUUUUUUGUCCGCUGGGACGAAAAAAAGUGGCCGUUGUAGAGAGGUGGCCGUUAGCGGACGUUAUACUGUAUCAGGGAAACCAAUUGCAUUAUCCGCUGGAUGGUAAUUUAUCUUGUGGAUAGCGUUAUCCAUCAUUUGAAAAGCUGGGGCCCCGAAUCAGUUCAUUUUUCCAGUAGUCUACUGUAAUUUUAUUAUAUACUUUUUCGAGAAAACCGCUUUGCAUAAAGCCAGUGUUAAGCGUUUUCACCUUUGGAACACGUAGGCCGAUAUUUCUACAAUCGGCGACAAAAUGAGUUGAGACACUUCGCCCAAAAGUAGGCUUUUUUACGAUUUAUGAUGUUCAAAAGGAGGAAAUAUAGCUUUCCUCCCCCAUCCCCUCCGUACAAUGUUGGGCCCUUGUUCUAGCUACCCAUAGAAAACAACAAACACCCCAACUUUGAAUGGAGGGGACAGGGGAGGGGUGCGGAUUCUUUUGUUCUCCGUAGUCACCUUAUUUAAGUACAAUGUCUCAACAAUUUUGUCGCCGAUUUUAGCCUUACAGUUAUUUUACGCUACUGCUCUAAGCAGAACUUAAACUUGUUUCUUUGCAUUUCUUUAUGUAGCGUUUAUUUUUCCUGAUUUUCUUUGUAGUUAUGUCCAAGACACAAGCAUCAAGGACAUUCAGGUUGGCUACGAUUAAAAUUCUUACAUUUCCAAGGUUUCUUUCUUAUACGCACGAUGUGCUAUCCUACAGUCUUUUCCCUUGCGAUCAGAGGUUUCUCUGUUGCAUGGAUUUUAGCCAACUUCGUGACAGACAAGCCACGGGAACGACUUCGUAAACGCUAAAAGCCAUGCCAGAAGGAAACCUCUGCUCGUAUAGGGUGGCAGUCUAAGGGCGCUUUUCAUUUGUCAGAACUGGCUGGCUGGACCAUUGCCCGACCAGUCAGUUUGAAAAUAAAAUAGGCUUUUUCCAAGAGUUUUUGCUGAAAAACCAUCUCCUUCGUGCAUACUAUUCAGGAUUUGACAGAUCUGGCCAGAGAGUUUUGAUUAAAAGGGAAAUUAUCAUUGCGAUGGGAAUGGUCUGGCCUGUCAGUUGUGACAAAUGGAAAGCGCCCCAAGAUACAUGUAUAUGCCGAAAUGUAGUGUGUUCUCUACGGAUUGAGGUUCUGUUCGGUUGUGCCUGUACUGUUCACGCUAAAAAAUCAAGUUUUUUUUUUUUUAGCAAUUUUAACACGAAUAACAGCUGUUUCCUUUUUUAGAUGCCCGAGAGCACGGUGUGAAGGAGCAAAAAGAUUCAAUCUGCUUGCUCCUUUUGCUGUGUUCUCGCGCGUCUCCUGUGUUUCUCUGGCCUAGCUAAAACAAAACCAGUAAACUGCUGCGUAGUGGCUAAUCGCUUGGCAACUGCGAGUUGCUAAUGUUGAAAUUCGAAUUAUUAUUUUUUCUUUCAUUUAGCAAAGUUAUUCAGAUCAUUUCCUUUCUUCAUUUGAUUAUUGCGUAGAAUUCAGUUGUGAACCCUUCAUUAUUACGUCUGUGUGAACUGCGGUUGGAGACACGAAAGUAAAUGUGUUCCUCGUCGUUAAAUGAACCGGCUAAGAGGUUGACAAAGGUCCUGAAAAUUACCGGAAAACUAGCCCUGACCUCUGCGAUGGCUUUCGUCCGCAGUUCAUGUGUAUGAUUGAUGUCGCAUUCUCUGAUACUGAGUCAUCUUGUUUUCACAUCGGGCACAUCACAGACUCACAGCAGGGUUGUUCAUUUACAGCUGCAACUCUGCUUAUUACAUCCAUUAUCAUCAUCAUCAUUAUCAUCAUCAUCGUCAUUAUCAUCAUCAUCAUCAUCAUCGUCCUCAUCGUCAUCAUUAUUAUUUUUCUCAUCAGUAUCAGUAUCAUUAUUAGUAUCAGUACCAGUAUCGUCAUUAUCAUUGUAAUCGUCAGUUUAAAAAUAGAUUUCAUGUUGCCGUGCGUCUGUUAAGAAAUAUAUCGCAGAUGACUUGUAAAUGUGGUAAAAACACGGAAGUGCGGCUCGUGUGUCACUGAUGUUUUAACCACAUUUUUACGUCCUCUGUGUUCUGUUACUGAAGAGACCCACAGCAACAUGGAAUCUAUUUGUUUUAUACGAUGAGAACAUAAUGACAUAAACAUACUUGCCUCGUACCGCUUGACUGUUCGAGGAUAAGUCUCAGACGUUAACUUUCGUCUCUGCUUGGUCUUUCCUUCUUCAUCUUACUUGUACACAGUUUCUCCGAAACGUUUUCCAACGACUUCACUUGUUAGGACCAGAAUAAUGAGCAAAACAUUUUCCAAACCUGUGAGUCUCGCUUAUCGAUAAGACGCCAUGGCAAUUGUUGUGAGGAUUUCUUGCAGUUUAGGCAUUCUCAAGUUGUCAAGAACUCUUUUUGUCUCCGUUUCUCCAUUCUUCUUUUUCGUAACUUACUCGUGCUAAACUACUUGUGAGGCUUUCACUUGCUCAAUCCGAAAUAAUCUCACAAACAUUUUCAAAACCGCGCGCCAUAUUGAACGAAACAAAAAAAAACAAGUUUCCCGUGACGUCAUCCAUGUAACUAUACCCUAAUAGAUCAAGGGCAACGACCAAUUACAGCGCAGGUAAAAUUCACAUCAUUGUAUAAACCAGAAUUAGUUACAUUAUCAGUAUAUUUAUCGUAUCAGUGUCAUUAUCAUUUAAGUUAACUUUAACAUUAACAUCAACAUCAACAUUAAUAGCAUUAAUAUGUACAUUUUCAUUCACAUUUUUUAUCAGUAUCGUUAUCGUUGUUAUUAUCGUUAUCAGUUUAACAAAUAGAUUCCAUGUUGCCGUGCGUCUGUUCAGUAAUAGAUCACAGAUGACGUCAAAAUGUCGUAAAAACAAAGAAGUGGCACACGAGCCGCAGGCGAGUGUGUCACUGUUGUUUUUACCACAUUUUGACGUCCUCUGUGAUCUAUUACUGAACAGACCCACGGCAACAUGGAAUCUAUUCAGGUUGUUUUAUACAAUGAUCAGAAAAGAAAAAGACCGAUACACAUACCUGCCUCGAACCGCUUGACCUUUUGAGGAUUUGUGCUAGUUUAGGCAUUUUUUAAGUCCCAAAUCCAACUUUUCAUCUUAGCUUCUUCUUAAUCUUACUUGUGUACAGUUUCUUCGAAAAGUUUUUCACCGUCUUUUCUUGCUCAAAGAAGAAUAAUAGCGAAAACAUUUUGCAAAACAGCGAGUCUCUCGUAGCGAAGACACACGAUGGCAACUGUUGUGAAGAUUUCUUGUAGUUUAGGCAUUGUCAAGUAGUCAAUAGCUUUUUUGGUCUCCGUUUCUCCAUUUUUCUUCUUUGUAAAUAGCUCCUGCUAAACUUUUUCCGAAGCUUUCACUUGCCUCAAUCCAAAAUAAUCUCACAAACAUUUUCAAAACCGCGUGCCAUGUUGAACAAAACAAAGAAAACAAGUUUCCCGUGACGUCAUCCAUGUAUCUGUACUUUAAUAGAUCAUGGGCAACGACCAAUCACAGCGCGCGUAGCAUUCACAUCAUUGUAUAAAUCAUAAUCAUUCUCAGUAUCGUUAACAUUAACAUUCACAUUAUCAGUAUCGUUAUCAUUAUCAGUACCAGUAAAAGUUUCGUCGUUAUCGUUAUCGUUAUCACGAUCGGUAUCGUUUUCAGUACCAGUAUCAUUAUAAUCACAGUGUUCUCCCUAAAUUUUAGCUUAGCAGGUAAGGGAACAUUCUUGACCGGUAAGGCCAAAAAUAUGUGCCAGAGGCGCAAUCUCCUGCCAGGGGAGGGGCUUCGCGUUCAUGAAGGCUUUUAUUUUCGAGCAUCCUCUCAACCAAUUGACCGAAAAGUAUUUUAAACACCUCAAAACAAAGAAUUUUACGAAUGAAGGCUGCCUUUGCCGCUAGGGUCAAUUUAGUAACACAAGUCGCGGAAGUCGCAAACUUUUCCUGCUGGUCGAAAAAGCUUAGAAUUGGGACAGAAGCCCACGAAAAAAUUGUUAGCCUGCAGUGCUUUGAAAGGUGCCAGUCAGCACCUAAUAAAGUAAUAACGGAGAAUAGCUGUGUAUACUUUUUUUCCGUAUUUACUUCCUUUUCUUGAGGGGAUCGGCUUGGAUCACAACUUGCAUAUUUUUUGAAACAAUUUAUUUAAUUUUAGUAACACUUCAAGAGGUUGCAGGCGGUAAUAAGUGUUGCUUCAAGCGGUAAAUUUUACCGGUUACCGCCUGAUAAGGAGAACACUGAAUCAUCGUUAUCAUUAUUUCAUUAUCAUUAUUUCAUUUUCAUUUUCACUCUCAUUUAUUGGUUUAUUCAGAUAUUUAAGCUAGUCUAGGUGGGUAGUGUCUGUUUUAAACAAAAUACGCACUCCAAAUGGUAUUGUAUUAAAUUAACAGGUCAACAAGAGUCGUUUAAGCUUAUAUAAAUAUAUUAAGUUGUACUCAAAAUUUCAUUACUAGUGCGGAGCUCAGUAACACACGUCUGCAAAGUACCAGAACGUGUGCACUCAUUACUUUAGCCAUCUGCCGGGCACGUAUUGUAGACACUAUAACUUGAAGUGACCUUUUGCCCUCUGCUAUGUACAGGAUGACAGGCGACGCAACCAGGCUUUGACCGAGAAACUCAAGUAAGUGACUGUGAUGAGUUUAAACACGUGUAAAUAUUCCCCAAGAGCCCAGCAAACAUACUCUCGGAUAUGAGUCCCCCAAGAGAUUGCUCGCAAAACACCGUAUUUAUUCCAUCAAACGCCGCGGUAAAUUUUUGCGUUCCUGAUACGGCGUUUAAUCAAUUGCGGUGUUAAAUUCGAGUUCGGCGUUUAUUUGAAAAAUCAUUUUUCUUACAUUAUUGUAAAUCACUGACAAGAAUAGUUAUGAUAAAUCACUUGUAAAUAUUAUGUAAACAGAAAGAGGUAAAUCGCAAUUGUCUGGAUGAUGUAAAUUGUAAACUUGUACCGAGGUUUUCCCCUAUAAUCCUCCAAUAAACGCCGCUUUUUUUCUGACUUGGGUGCGGAGUUUAUUCGAGAUUGUGUCUAUAAUUAUUGCUACUGCUCAGUUUGCGGCAUUUGAUUGAGUUAACACGGUACAUCCUUUAGUAAUGUUUAACCGGUUUACAGUCCCCUAUCUAUAAGAUAGAAGUAAAGGCGUAGAUUCUCUGGUAAGCUCAAUACUUCACUUUCUUAAAUGUAGCAAUAGUUUUCUCUUUUGAUCUUCUUUGUGGUGAAAGUAACAUAUUGUCGUGUUUUUUUUUUGCUUGUACGCAGCGAAGGGCACAAACUCCAGUGUUUUUCAUAUUAGGCUGGGAAGUGAUUAAAUGUGUAUUCAGAGUGAGCUGUUGUCUGUUACGUAUUUAAGCUUACUAGCGCUUGUUUAUUUCCGUAGGGGUAUUUCAAACCAAGGAUUAAAACACGAAUAUAACAAGCGUCGUAUGAGUAGAGAUUUGAUAACCUCCAAGGAUAUGUUGUCAUUAAAGUCACGAGAAGGUUUGUUACUAUUUAAGGCUUUUACUUUUCAUAGGCGUGGCGACUAGAAUUUAUCGCUAAAAUCAUACAUUUCUCCCCGAACUCCUUGUUGGUGAGCUUUUGACGCUGUCAGUAACUACUUGUUUCCACGAGCCUCCCUCCUAUUCAGGCGUUUCAGUCUGGAUUUAUGUUUGUCGGGUUGAUUUUUAGCAGAAUUGGCUAGCGUUGUCAUCAUACUUCAAUUUCAAAUGGUAACAGUCUUUCUGCGUCUUCUAAUUGCGCUAAGCUUUGCUUGCAAACAGUUGCAAGUUAUUUUCGUAUAACUCUAAACUUGCCAAAUCACGAAGAACUCGUGAUAGUAGGACUCCCUUGUAGUCCUUUAUCGUACAACUAUUUUAAUAGUUGUUAAAACCCUUUCAGUGCCAAGUGUGGCCAAGGACAAAAUUCAACAAAAAUUCCCAAAUUUUGUUUUGCAAAAUUUUGAAAACAAAUAGCACCAUUUGAAAGUACAGGCAGAGGUUUCAUUUGAAUGGUAACAUCAUAGGAUUUCGUCCACAGAUUCAAAAGUUAGAACUAUACCUUAAGGGAUUCCAACAUUCACUCUGGCAGUGAAAGGGUUAGUUUACCCAAUAGAACGGUCUGUAAUUAGCAAAAUGUGUAUGUCAGUUCAUCGUUUUUCAGAUGAUGUUUGACUGCCCAGCAUCUGUUCGCAGCACUAUAUUUACCAUUUGUAACCUCUAGUAUCGUGUCUUACUUGCAGAGGGACGAAAAAUGACGGAUAUUAAUCGAAGGCUACAAUACAAUUCAACCAGUCAGAAGCAAGCGAAGCAGGCCGCCGAAUACCUUGAACUUGACCGGCAGGGUAAAGAGAUCGAGGAGAGAGGGCAGGUUAGGAUGAUUCUGCCAUGAUAUCCUAGUCUUAACCAACGCACGUUCUUUGCCUUGCCUCCUAUAUAACCCCUUAACUAAUGCAGCCCCUUCCCUCCCAUAUAAGGAGUCUUUGGACCUUGCCCGACAGGGUAAAAUAGGAAUCAAGGAGAGAUGGCUGGCAGGUUAGGAUCUGCCCGCCAAUAUAUCCUGGUUCUAACCCAGGCGCCUCUUUUGCCUUGCCUCUUAUAUAACUCCUCAUCUAAUUUAGCCCCACCCUCCCCUCCUCGAAAGCGAACUAAGGAGAGUCUUGAACUUGACCGACAGGGGAUUGGGAUUGAUGAGAUGGUGGAGUCUUCCUCUUCCCAGUGGCGGAUCUAGGGGAAGGGUGCAGGGGGUGCCCCCCACGGGAUGACCUGCAGCUUUCUAAUUAACACUGUGCAGUGGCUUCACAGUUAUGCAAAGUAUACUGUAUCGUUUGAUAUGUAUUCUCAGCAGUUCACAUUAUGUUAUUGCCUAGUCAAAAGCCUUCUUCGUGUUCGCUUUUAAAAUUUGUGUACGUCAUCAGUCAGUGAGUGGUGCACCCCCUCCUAAGAAAAAUCCUGGAUCCGCCCCUGCAUCCUAGACUACGAGCGAUCUCUCUUUUUCCUUGGUCCGAGGGAAACGCGCGAGAUACUAAACCGUAUUAUUCUCGUGUUUUUCCCAAGGCAAGAUCCGGAGUAUCUCAAAUGGGCUAUGGCACGUUGUUUGCUAUCUUUUUAAAGGAACAACGUGUCUUCACACCAAUAACAAUAAUGGUCCAGUUUUGUUAUUUGGGACUAGAUCUCUAAGGCUAAACUACCAUCUUUUUCAAGUUUUGAAGCUAUGCCUGCAAGAUGACCAAAAAGGGUAGUUCGGUCAGUGCUCCCUGAUAAAAUUUGUUGAAUAUCGUCUGCAUAACUCUACAGUAACCUUUUUCAGUAUUUGCCACUUGCACAUCUCCCAUAAUGCACCUUAUUUGCCCCCCAAAAUUUUGCAUAAGCAUUGUUUUCAAUUUCUCUUGGGAUGGCUAUAAUACCCAGUAGAAAUGAAAAACAAAGGUUAUGCAUUUUUUUUGGGGGGGGGGCGCAGAUAAGGGGCAUUAUGAUAAUGGGAGAUGUGCAAGUGGCGAAUGGGUAAAGGCGCUAUGUAAUGACUUCAACACAAAAUUUACCUAAAACAGCAGAAUCCUUGUGACAGCCCCUUAGUCUUAGCUAGACGUCAUUUUCAAAGUCAAUUGUUAGGAGCUUACGCUACUCCAUUAGCGACGAUGGGAGGAGGAGGAGGUAGAUUGAGUUUACUUAACCCGUUAAAUAUAUACGGACAUUUAAUGCCAAAUAGCUACGCUAAUUACCCAAUCAAGUACAAUGGAAUCAGUGUAUAGUAAUGCGUAGCAAUCUACUAUCUCACGGGUUAAGUAAAAUCACUCUUAACAUGCAACUUUAUAUUAAUACACUCUUGACUUUUUGCUACAGUUUGCCGAGGCUCGACGACACCAGCAGAUCGAGCAGUUGACUAAAGAUAGGAAACAACAACACUACUACCAAAUGGUUGAAUGGAAGAAAAGAUUCAUUGAAAAACAGAAUGAAGCAACUCGACGAGUGCACGAGGACAAUGUGAAACAUUUGCAGGUCAGUUUGGCGGGUGUUGUCAUUGGUGGUUGAUGGUGAUGAUGAUGAUGAUGAUGAUGAUGAUGAUCAUGGCCCGGUUCCUAGAAAGAUGGUUAAGUUUAACCCAGGAUUAAGCGAAAUUUUAAUCACGAUUUUCUUGCUAAGAGAAUGUAACUCAAGCUUACAAAAUGCUGUUGAGCUUUUACUCUGAGACACAGUAGUGAUUUAUACAAAAUGUUUCUCUGCACUGUCCUAAUGCAGCUUCCCUGAUCGGUCUGCUUUGAGAACUUAAACUCACUUUCCUACCAGAAUGUACCUAACCAAUAACAUCACUCAGAUUUUCAUUGCAGUGUACCUGCUGACUUCAAGUUUACUUGCAAAGUAGACAGAAUAAAGUGUUUUGUCAUGUUAUGUUAUUAUGUUUUUUAAUGCAAUAAUACCAUUGUCUUUUUUCUUUUCUUGUAGCUAUUUUGCUCUAGUUGUUAGUAUCUGUUUCACGGGUCAAGUAAAAUUACUCUAUGUUGUAUGUCAUGUUAUGUCAUGUUUUGUUGUGUUAUGUUAUGUUAUGACUGGUUCGAUUUUGUCUGUCUUAAAACAAAGAUUCCUCUCUAUGGUGUUUGCUUAAGUUGCAUACCCAUGCGACUUCACGGGCAUGCGCUGUUGAUGAGUUAUGAGUAGCUAUGUUUAUUUUUUGCCCUGAUUCAUUAGAAAGUUGUCAACAAGAUGGAAGAGACCGAGCAUGCGCUAUACAACCGUGUGCGUGCGGCUGAAAUGCAGCGUAGAAAACAGGAGCAAGAUGUCCAAAGGCUCAUCGGUGAAAUGGAAUCGCUAACGAAAGAAAAUGAGAAACGAAUGAAGGUAUCUCGUAGAGCUGUUUUCAGUUACUCUUUUUAAAAAGGAACCUGUACUACUAUAACAAAUUUUCCUUGAAUUGGUCGAAAGAAAGUCAAAAUUCCAUUUCAAAGCUCAACUAAUUAACUGUUCUGUUCUGUUGAAGUUACAAACCUCAACCCACACACUAACCAGUUUAAACAAGUACAACUCGAAGCAACCAAGUAUUGCGGAGUCAGAAGAGAGAAAUCUUGUUUGAUCUAGUCAAGCUGGUUUUUGGUUAUAUGACUCCAUAUAAAGCUUUAUGGCCGUGCCGAUUACAGACACGUGGAACCAAACUAACUUACUAACUUGUGGAAGUAUUCAGUUGUCGUCUUCAGUGGCACCCAACGUCAAUUUUCGGAAAAUAUCUGUUCGGAAGACGAUUUGGGAUCUAGAAUUUCCGGAACAUUUGUUGUAAAUUUUCUUGCUUGCCUGUCUCUCCUUGGAUUUUCGAACAUGUAAAAAAUGGUAUAAUUGCCCAUUUUUAACGGAUUUUUACCCUAAAAAGGUCACCUAGAAUUUUCGGGAGCCUUUUUUCUGGCUGCAAUUUUCGAAAAGAUAAGUUUUGAUCCCUAUAAUUUUCGGAUCACUAGACUUUCAGCUAGGAAAUCCGAACAGAUGAUGAAAAAAUUUUAGGGGAUAAAAAUAUGCCUAUAUCUACCGUUUAAAUACUAAAAUACGUUGAACAAUGCUAUGUUUAAGUGGUUUUGAACUAUAUUCUCGUUGGGUGCCCCUCUCUUCUUCCUAAGAACUUACAGUCUCUAAACACUAGACCCGCGUUGUUCAAACGUUGGAUAGUGCUAUCCAGCGGAAAAAUCACUAUCCAUCGGAUAAGUAUUAGGGAAACCAGUUGCGCUAUCCAGUGGACAGUUAUUUAUCCAUUAGCGUUAUCCAUAGCCUGCAGUGAAGGCGUUUUCAUCGGGUCCGCGAAUGUCUUUGCUCGCGAAAGCGCCAUGUUGAAACUCCCAAAGAGAGGACUCUCCCCAAUCUUCCUCUGUCAUAAAAUCAAAGAUGGCGGCUACAUCGUAACAAUGCGAACAUGGUGACAAGCUUUCGCCCACCCAAAAUACGCCUGCACUCCAGGCUACGUUAUCUACCUUUUGAACAACUUGGGCCAGGCCUCAAUAAUUCAAAAGCUGGAUAACGCUAUCCACCGGAUAAAUCGCUAUCCAGCGAAUAAGUAAGAGUGUCCCCAGUAGGGUUCGUCAAUCCCGUAAUCCCGCCCCAAAACUUCGUGCAACCCCGUAGUCCCGCGGGUUAUUUUUGGCAGCCCACCUCCCGCGCAUACUUUCAAUCCCGAAUCUCGCCCUGAUUUCGCGUUAAAACUGAUCUCGAAUCCCGAGCUUCAAAUAAGGGAAUUCCCGUAUCCCGAAAAACUUAUUGAGGACACUCAAGGUAGUCAAACAUUGCAUAACACUGUCCCCGGGAUAAAUCGCUCUCCAGUGGAUAAGUAUUAGGGAAACCAACUGCGUUAUCCACUGGAUAAAGAUUCAUCUAGUAGAAAGCGUUAUCCACCUUUUGAACAACUGGGGCCAGUGCUUGGAACACUAUCGCGUAUCAGCACUCACUGUUUACUAUUUCAAUCUGUUCUCAUGCGUUUUAUACUUGUUAAUUUUAGGAAAUUCAAGAACAAUAUGACCGCAAGAAGGUGGAAUUAGCGCAAAAGCUCUUGCGAGAGAAGGCUGAACUUGCAAAGGUAUUCUGCGUCCGGAACUUACUCUUUUCUUCUUUCAUGCAGCCAUAACAUACGGCUCCUGUUGGAGGACCAAGCCCUUAGAGUGAUGGGCGUCAAAUUUCUCCUUGCAAUAUCACAGCUUAAUAAAACAGCGUGGUCUUGAGAAUUAAGGACAUGAUCACACAAGAUGAAGUCUACUUCAUACUUCAGCAAAUUCUCCCCACUACUUCUGUUGUAAACGUAUAGGGAUAACAAAUGAGAAUUUGAAUUUUGAUGUUAUGGUUUAAAAGGCUAAGCAGAGGUGUUUUGGAGUGACUCACGUCAACCGGAACUGUAGCCUCCCCGCAGACGUCCUUUGGGGUUCGUUCGUCACGCAUUCAUUUCUCCCGCACGGAGAAAUAAAUGCGUGACGAACGAACGCCAAAGGACGUCUGCGGGGAGGCUACCGGAACUGAGGCGUGCUCCCUUUUAUUAUAUCUUGACGCUGCUAAAUACCUAAUGCUUUGUUGUCUUGCUCUUAUCGAGUUGAACUGCCCAAAGAUGUAAGCGGACCACUGCCGAAUUUUGCAAAAUGUCCACUUCCGGUUUGAUGUGCGUCGCUCAAAAUCGACUUUGCUUUAACUGCCUACAAAGAUCUUCACCCCCCGACUACCCAGCCAUACCAAGGACAGCUUAGUAAGAAGGAGUAGGCAAUGCUAGAUAUUUGUUACACCGUGGUUGAUUUUGUUUGUUUGUUUAGUCGUUUUUUUUUUUUUGGAAUGUGCACUCCUCCAGGAGCAUUUGAAAUUAAUGGUUUAUGCAAAAUUUGGGGAAAACAGUCUUUUAUUGGAGAAUCAAAAAUAGAGCAUGAAUGAGCCUUUGCUGACCAUUCAUUGCUUUCUAUAUCACUCUGUUCUUCAGGGCCCACUUGUUCGAAGACCGAUUAGCGCCAACCCGGGGUUAAAUUUAAAUCCGGGUUUCUUUUUCUUUUGUUCAAAAACAUCUCGGAAAAAUUUCCCUACUGUUUUUAGAGCAUAAAAUCAUCAAAUUGUAGACAAUAAGAAUGAAACUGAAAUUGCUUUUAAGCUUUCAUGUCUGAAUUCAAAUGUGGCACAAACCCUGGGUUAACUUGACCCCGGCUUUGAACAACUCGGCCCAGAUUUUAUUGGUGUUAUAAAUGCAGUUCUUUUGUUCUAUGUUUCACAGAUAGAGCAGCCAAUAACUUAAAAAAACCAUAAUCCCAUCAGUUAAGCGGUCCUCGAGGCUAAUUAUUAGCCAGUCAGUAACUUAGUCAGAUUUUAGGUGAAUCAGGCAUUUAGUCAGUCAGAUGGUCUUCUUGUGUUUUAGGAUAAUUUUACAAUUAGUUGAAAAGGAAGUCAGUUCGUUAGCCAGUCAUUGUGUGAGCCGAUCAGCCAAAACCAGUGAAGUCAUUUUGUAAACCAGUCAGACAGGUCAAUCAGUCAGUCAGUCAGCGAACCAGUCAGUCAGCCAGUCAGUCAGUCAGUUAUCGAUCAGUCAAUCAGGUAAGCCUGUUAGUCAGUUCACCGUGUUCCCACUGAGCCCCUCGAUCUCCUAGAUCUUUCCUCUGCCAUCUGCUAAAGGCUCUCUGAACCAUAUAUAUGGCAGCGUGGCCGAGCAUUUAGAGCGUUAAACUUGCAAUCCAGAGCGCUUCGACUCCGACCCAUUGAUAAUCAGUCCGCCCAUUUUUAGAAAGAAAACUGUUUAACGCUUAUUUGCCUUGUUGCCGUUAGAAUGCUUGCAGUCCGCCUUUUCUCUUAAAAUCAACCAGCGCGAUUGCCAACAGCGACAUUACAAUAAGUGAUUUAAUAGGACGAGACGAGAAAAGACUCGGCUCGCCGCUCCCGUGCAUAGGUUACCCAGGGGCGAGAGCGGACAAAAUAAGAGACUGAUCGCAGUCUAUUUUGCUGUUUGCUUAUCGAUUUUUUCUAUUUCAUUUUGUUUUACUUUGUUACUAAUUAGGCACAUAAUCAACGCGAGGAAAGUAUUCAGAGGUUAUAUCAACACAGAGCGAGACUGAACGACGAGAAAUACCUGCUCAGCGAGGGAGAAAGGGUAAGUUACUGUAAAGGGUUUGGAAACUGAACAAGUGACAGCUAUUGGGACAAAAUUGGAACGCUUGAAAUGGGAACAGGACGUGGAAAAUGUGGGCAACUUGAGUCAACUCAACACGAAAGGGUUUUUUUAAACAUCAGGCGUUAGUUGUUCAAAAGCUGGAUAGUGCUAUCCAGCCGUUAAAUCACUAUCCAGUAAAUAAAUAUUGGGGAGACCAAUUGUACUAUCCAGUGGAUAGAGAUUUUAUCCGGUGGAUAGCGCUAUCCACCGGUUGAAGAACUGGGACCAGUGCGUUUCUUUAUAUUAAUUAUGUUGAGUGAACCCCUUCGGCAGUGGAUCUUUUUUUUCUUGUUUAAUUUAACCUAAAAUUUCUACGCUUGUCAUUUGUACUCCACGUUUAUCUCCUCCUCCACCGUUCAAAAACUCAUAAAUAAAUUAUAAGGAAAAAAAAAAGUUUAAUGAGUGUCUUUGUAUCUCACAAAGAGACGGCUUAACUUUACGUCCAAUUUUUUAGACCAAAAUAACCCUAAAUCUAAAUAUUAGUGCAAGAAUUAGUUGAGUUGAUCUAUAUCAGAGAUUAUGAGGCCGUUCAAAAACACACAGGAGUGUAGUAUCAAGUUUAAAAACUCUCGGCUUCGCCUCGAGUUUUUAAACCUAAUAAUACACUCUUGCUCGUGUUUUAAACAGUACUUAAUCCUUUGUAGCAGUUAUAUACAACGCACUACAAAGUUUUAAAUAUAUAUAUCCUUUGAAUACAUCUGUCUCUCCUUCCUACUCGCGGGCGAGGAUCGAGGGGAGGUGGCUGUAUUCGUAGGUUAUUAAAUUUAUGACAUGGAGGGACUUACAGGGCGAGAGUCAGAUUUAUGCGUUUCACCUGGUGAAUAAGGUCGGUUUACUUCCUUUAAGUAUAACCAACUGAAGCUUAGUAGCCGCAGAGUCCAUGAUCUUCAAACAAUCCCAUGAACUAGAUGUUCAGCAAGACUAUUUUUUCUGAACGUGCAGGAAUAGGUGGGAAGAUCUGUUAGAAAAUAAGUACUCGCGCGCACUUGCACUUAUCUCCACACUUGUGGGGAUACCUCGGCUGGUUUUGCCGACGAAACACGCGUUACAACGUGCACAUAAAAAUUUAUGCAUUACACGCGUGCACUGUCUCUUUUCAAGGUAAAGUGUUUUUUAUUUUUACGGAUUCAAUCGAGUCAAAGAGUCCUAUUGAAUAAGAAAUACAGUUUAUAGUUUGACUCGCUUUGCAGGUCCAUCCACCUCAGGGGCGGAUCUAGGGGGAGGGUGCAGGGGUGCACCCCCCCGAGAUGACCUGCGGUUUUCUAAUACAACUGGUAUUCUACAAAAACAAAAAAAAAACUAUGUGGUUUAUUGGUGUUGAAGUAGAGCAAGAGACGAGUGCAACCCCUCCUAAAAAAAUCCUGGAUCCGCCCCUGCACCUCCUUUUUCACGCAAUAUACGCGCAAAAUAAAAUACUCCAAAUAUCGUGAAAGAGCGCCUCUUACUAUAACUUGCUACUACAGGAUGUAUUUCAUAUUUAUAAAGCUACAAUCUGUUAAUUUUCAAUAAGUAUUUAUCAAAACUUUCAUUACAAACACUCCUUAGGAACAUGACCGUCUAGCGAAGAUUGGCCUCAGAACAGACAACCUCGAGCAGGAAGUUCAUUCAUGAAGAGUGGAAAAGCUGUGUUUAUACGUCGAAUAUUUUGAAUUGCGUGCGAGUGGUCCGUUUGCCUUCGAGUGCCGUUAUAUAUACUUUGUCAUCCAAUGACCAAACGUUUUUUCUAAGGCCCUGAUCACACUAAUACGUUUUAAAAAGUAUGCGUUUUCGUUGUCAUCGAUAAUGCAUCGAUCGAUUCGCGUCCAUGCUACCGUUUUGAUGGAUUUUUGACUGUCGACACAAAAACGUUCGAAAACGAUAGAAUUGCACGUUAUGACGUAAGUCAGUGAACUCUAUGCGCAAGCUUCAAACACUCGCGCAUGUGAUAUUUUCGGUCAUCGUUUUCAUUUUGAUCGGUUUUGAUCGUCCACACUAAUAUGAUAUGUAUUCUUUUUCUUUUUGAUCCACUUUCAAGAGCGUUUUCAAAUCGAUGCGUUUUCGAUGAAAAAGCUCAGCGUGUUAUUGUGGACGGAAAGCCUAAAGGCAUCCUGAUGUAUGCCUUUUAAAACUAUGACUCAUUAGUGUGGACGGGGCUUAAGUAAACAUUUCAGAAGCCUCUUUCCUAGACUACCUCUGGUCACUCACUUCCGUUUCCUGCGAGGGAGUUGAGGAGAAUGUCCAGACAGAUCAGAUCGAAUUGCUUUAUGGGACUGAAGUGCUAUUAAAAGAUCCUUGAAUUCCAGCUUCUUCUUUGGACAGCAGCUCUCACAUUUUGCCCGGAACCACUGCUUGCUUGUCGUAGUUAAUGAUUUACUUAGAGGAUGGCUUUCCUGGUAGACCUGCCCGUAGACAAGUGAGUUUUAAUUUUAUCAGUGGCAAAGAAAAGCGAGCAGUAACACUUUGUUCGUUGCCUCCUUUGUAGCUGUGGCUCAACUUUUUGAACAGUGCUGUACUUUUUAACAUUCUUCUUGCUUCUUCAAGCAAUGUUAAAUCAAGGACGCACUUAACUGGUUAAAAAACGAGAACUAAAAACCUUGUAAUGAUGUGAUAUCAUGUGAUACCUCUUUUCGUACGGGAAUGAAAAUUCGCAUUUGAGUGUAAUGAGUUUUAUAAUGAAAGCUAUAUUUUUAUAUAUCAUAUAGAAGUUUGGUGUUUUCUUUUAGAAUUAUCCCCUUAGCUUGACCUAUAGUGGCUUCGAAAAACAGACACCAAGAGUUGAUUCUAGCCUUUUUCACAGGGAGCUGUUACAUUCGAUUAGAUUACAAUCAACUCUCUCAUAAGUAGGUUGAGUAUGAUCGUCCGGGUGAAGGUAGUCCUCAAUAGGACUGUUGUUGUUGACAGUGACUGACGUUUUGUGGACCUGUGGGGUAGUCAUCUUGAGAGUCAAAGUGAGUUGUAUCACGUUAGUUGAUGGUAUUUAACUAUGGUUAUUGACCUGAUUGGUCUAUUAAGUAACGAUGUUAUUGGUUGUCUGUCAGUUAUAUCAUAUUAAAACAACUAAACGAAGUUUUCGAUUUCCCUUGAAGGUUCGAGUGAUUGGGAGUCGCUUGUAGUUGUCUCGCGUAGUGGGAGGUGUGACCGUAUUAGGAGCCCUGGCGGUGGCAAUUGUAUUGUGAUACGCUUGAAAAUUUGUUAUGGAAAGCGAACAAUAUUUUGUACGUCACACAACGGAAGAAAAUAUACAGUGGUUGAAUAACGCCGCAUUUUCUUUUGUUACUUUUGAUAUUUUAUCCUUUUGCUUGGUGUAGAUAGUGCGCGCGCACACUUUAGAC